UCGCGUUUCCUCUACAACUGUGACAAACUCAGAAACAGCAGCUCCCUGCUCUGGCUGUAUUGCCCAAUGGCUCUCACGGUGUUGUUUGGUCUCCUUCCCCUGAGUGUCUGUCUCCUGCUGACACCUGGCCCCACUGAGGCGGGCAGGCUGCUGGUGGUGCCUAUGGAUGGGAGCCACUGGUUCACCAUGAGGUCAGUGGUGGAGCAGCUGGUCCAGAGGGGGCACGAGGUAGUCGUGGUGAUACCAGAGGUGAGUUUGCAACUGAAGAAAUCUUCAAAUUUUACAACCAAAACCUACUCACUUUUUUACUCUAUGGAGGAUUUGAAUCAUGAACUCAAGAUUUUUGUUGAUCAUCAUUGGAAAAUCCGAGAAAAAAAUUUACUUCCUUUAUUGACAGGCCCAUCCGGCAAAGGUUUUUAUUUCCUUUUCUCACACUGUAAGAGUGUGUUCGAUGACAAGAAACUGGUAAGAUACUUAGAAGAGACUUCUUUCGACGCGGUGUUUCUAGAUCCUUUUGAUAUUUGUGGUCUGAUUAUAGCCAAGUACCUGGCCCUUCCAUCUGUGGUCUUCACCAGGGGAGUAUUUUGCCACUAUCAGGAUGAAGGGACUCAGUGCCCGAGUCCCCUGUCUUAUGUCCCUAGAGGACUCUUAGCUUUCUCGGAUACCAUGACUUUCUGGGAGCGAGUGCGGAAUCUCCUCUUCCACGUGGAAGAACAUUUGUUUUGCCACCAUUUUAUGAAAGUGGCUGUAGAUGCUGCCUCUGAGAUUAUGCAGACCACCAUCACCCCCUAUGACCUCUACAGCCACGUGUCCAUCUGGUUGUUACGGACUGAUUUUGUACUGGACUAUCCCAGACCCGUGAUGCCCAACAUGGUUUUCAUCGGAGGCAUCAACUGCCAUGAGAAAAAGCCCCUGACAGAGGUAAGCCCGUGCCUGAGCAAAGGAGGUGAGAAUCAGGCCCUGAACUCUGUGUUGUUUACCGGUCUGGGUUCUAUAGUUAUGUUGUCACAUUUGCCAUUUGUCUCUGAGUGAAUGAAUCCUCUGUAAUCAUCUAAUUGAGCACUAGAUAAAUGUGCUAUUUUUUGAUGUGGAUGUACUGUUUAGUUG